AUGGACAGGUUUAAAUUGUGGUACUCAGGAGGUUCGAGGAAUAAGAAUGGCGUAGGUAUUUUAGUUGAUAGGAAACUCAGGGAGAAAAUGGUAGAGGUUAGGAGGGUGAAUGACAAGAUGAUUAUGAUUAAGCUAGUCGUUAGAAGGUUUACUUUGAAUAUUAUUAGUACCUACGCACCUCAAUCAGGCUUGAGUAAGGAGGUCAAAAAGUUGGAUGAGGUUGCGAGAGAUAUACCACUCAUUAAAAAGCUAUUCAUAGGAGGAAAUUUCAACUGCCACAUCCGGACUACUUCAGGGGGAUAUGACGAUGUGUAUAAAGGUUUUGGUUUUAGGGUAAGAAAUGAAGGAGGAGUUUUGCUUUUGGAUUUUGCGGAGACUUUUGAGUUGGUGGUAUCUAAUUCGAGUUUUUUGAAGAAAGAAGAGCACUUGGUGACCUUAUGUAGUACAUUGGCUAAGACUCAGAUUGACUACUUGCUCCUUAUGAAGGGUGAUAGAACUCUUUGUAAGGACUACAAUGUAACGACCCGGGGAGUACGCAAUCGCGUAGCUGGAGUAGUCCAUGAAUCGCGAACGCGUGGGCAGAUCCGCGUUCGCGAAGAGGAAAGGAGGCAGGAGCUGGUCUGGAGAGGUAGUGCAUCACGAUCACGUGGACUUGUUCGCGUUCGCAUUGGGAUCCAGGUGUUUCCGGACAUGGUGGGUGCAGAUUCUCAGAGUUGUUCAGUCAUUCGGAAAUUUUUGAGAGAAAUUUGUGCCACAGACCCGCAGGGAGGAGCUGCGCAGGUAGUUCGAGCAGCUACGUCAGGAUGGCCUGUCUGUGACCCAGGUUCAUCUGUGCCAGGUCCUUCGGGCAGUUACUCUGGUACUCAGGGCCCGAUUUAG